UAUAUAUCCUGUUAUGACCUCUAUUCUCUACCUCUCUCUCUCCAUGGCAAGCAGUCACAAACAUAUAUACACAGAGCUGAAAUUGAAGAAGUUAUGAGAAACGGAUGCCUUCCUUAUCUGGGAAACAUAUAUCUGUGGAAGAGGAAGAGUAACAAAGAAGAAAAAAAAGCUGCGAAAGCAAAUGAAGUUUCGAAGGCGAUCACAGGAAAAAAUAAAGAUAAAUCGUACGAGAAGCGGGUGAUGGUAGAACGUUGGAUGAGCAAGGAUGUGGUGGGCAAGUCACAUAUACACGAUUCAAUCGCUGCAAACAAUAACAAUAGCUUGCGUGAUAGCAUUAUUGUCAAUCGCAAGCAAGAUUCAACCCAAGAUCAGGCCAAAACAAUACAAAGAUAUAAAGAAGAUGAGGAGAAACUGAUGCGAGGAUAUCACCUAGGACCUUGUGUGCCAAAAUUUGGUGAUUGGACUUCGGACGAGUGUUUUGAGUGGACGCCCCGGCGUAAUGAAUUUAACAAGGUGAAGACGUUUGAUUUGAGAGGAGUAAAGAGCAACGUCAAGUGAAGAAAAACAAUUGCUUGCUUCCCGAUUUUUCUAAGUCAAAUGAACAAACUUGUAAUUUACUAAAACUAAAUUUCUCUUCAUUAUUUGUUUUUUUUUUUGGUUGAGAAUUCGUAUAUAUGUGUUCUAGUUGCUGCAGUUUCCCUAUAAGGAUGUUUUUUUUCAAUAUAAUUA